UCAAUCGUUUGUAAACUGUGAAUACGGUUUGUUAUAAUACGGGCGAGAGCUAAAAAAAACUGCGCGAAAAGGAAGAUAAAAUUUAUUUAUUCUUCUCGGUGUUUUAUUAAUCUCUUCUUUUGGAAAGAUUUCUUGUUUUGUUUUUGUUUGUUGACGGAUUUUCCAAAAUUUUCCUUCAAAUAGAAUCGAAACGAAUUUUAAUUUAUUUUUUAAAUUAAUUGGAUAAACUGUGAAUUAUAAAAUCACUAAAAAGUGAUAGUUAACAAAAAAAAGUGAAACGAAUUUAAAACAUAAAUAUUUAAAAAAAAAAAAACGAAUUUUCAAAGAAAAAUAAUAAUUUUUCUAAAACAUCAUAAAGAAUAAAAAAAAAUUCUAUUGCAGCCGCAACAGAUUUUCGAAGUAGCCGAACCAAAAAAUCGAAAACUUUUUCAAGAUAAAUUAAAGCCAUGGCCCAGCUUAUGCAAAUUCAACUCCAAAGAUUCGACGCCCAACCGUGGGGAUUCCGUCUUCAAGGUGGAACGGAUUUUGCUGCACCACUUGUCGUCCAGAAGAUAAAUAGCGGUAGUUUAGCUGAACAAGCUGGUCUAUUGCCAGGCGAUGCUGUCAUUAAAAUUAACGACGUCGAUGUCUACAAUCUGCGACACAAAGAUGCUCAGGAUCUUGUCGUAAGGUCUGGCAACAAUUUCAUCGUCACAGUCCAAAGGGGAGGUAUGACAUGGCGCCCAUCCGUUACCCCAACUGGUCAGUUGCCAUCCCCAAACCCACACUCACCAUAUGGCCAAACAGUGACGAAAACUUCUCUAGCUCACAAACAACAAGAGGUUCAUCAUAUUGGCAGUGGAUACAAUAACUCUGCUCGUCCUUUCAACUCGGUUAAUGGAAACGAUGGUCAAGUGAAGAGCAUUGUCAAUAAGCAGUACAAUACCCCAGUUGGCAUUUACAGUGAUGAAACUAUUGCGGAAACUCUUUCAGCUCAAGCUGAAGUUCUUGCUGGUGGUGUUCUUGGAAUCAACUUCAAGAAAAACGAAAAACAAUACUCAGGCGAUAAGUCUGAAGUAUUGAAAUUCUUGCAAGAAGAAGAAACCGGUGAACAUGAACCAGAACCCAGAAGUCCGGCGAACUUCUACUGGACACACAGCCAUGCAAUAGGAGGACAACGACCAUCGCGACCUGUGACACCAGCAUCAUCAAAACCACACGAUGAACGAAUUGGGACUCCAUUACAACAGAAUACCCUGGCGCCGAGUGCUUCGCAUCGACCCAGUCUGCCCAGUCACCAUCCCGAGUCGAGAAGAGGCGAUGCCGCCGAGGAGAAGCCACCUUCGACCACCACUCCAACCAUUGAUCCUAGGUUGAUAAUUGCACCGGUUUGUCCGGCACUGCAAUCACCCGAAUACAAAGCCGAAUUGGAAGCGGCUGCAAUUGCAGCAGGAGUAGCUCCUCGAGAACAGAAGCCACUGACCAAUUUGCCGCAGUGUGCCAUUUGUGGUGUAGGAAUUGUUGGUGUUUUCGUCCGCAUCAAGGAUAAGAACCUUCACGUUGAAUGCUUUAAGUGCGCUACCUGUGGCACUUCGUUGAAAAAUCAAGGAUACUACAAUUUCAACAACAAAUUGUAUUGUGAUAUCCAUGCUCGCUUGGCUGCUUCACAAAAUCCACCAAGUGGAACUGAAGGAUAUGUUCCUGUGCCAAUUAAGCCAAACACCAAACUGAGUGCCUCAACAAUUUCCGCGGCUCUAAAUAACAUCGGUUACAAUGGUUCUCCAACUAAUGGAACUUCUACCCCUUUGUACUCUGCACCACCUAGCAAUAUUGAAAGCACAAACAUUUCUGAUCUACCACUGCCACCGCCCCCAUCACCAACACAACUUCAACAAUUCCAAAUACAAGAUGCUUUUUGCAAUGGAAACAAUUUAUUAACAAACACAACCCUAAACAAUCAUUCCCGUACAAAUAGUAGCCUUUCGACAGCCUCCUCAUCGUCCUUGUCUCUGUCGCCAUAUUCGUCAACAAAUGGAAUCAACAAUAAUAGUAGUUGCAGUCCAAUCAACAACAACAAUGCAAUCAUUGAAAAUUCCUUAAACAAUCAUAUUGGCAACCCUGCCAAUAAUAAUAAUAACAAUAACAAUUAUAAUUCAACAUCAACUCUGUCAUUAGACCGAUUUGCAUCUUCAUCAUCAUCGUCACCAGGACAUUCGAGACAACAGUCGACAUCGUCCUCGACUGGAAGUGGUAUAAUAACUGCUACAGACUUUCAGUUGCCGCCCCCACCACCCCCACCACUACCAUCAUCACAGCAACAACAAAAGCAUCAUCAAUACAAUCAAAUACAACAACAACUUCAACAACAACAACAACAACUAAACCCGAACCCGAAUCCAAUGACAAUUAAUCAAAGUGGCAAGCAAAACGAAAACGAUAUGAACUCGAACAAUCGAUAUGCAUCAUCUGGCAGCAACAACCCGGGCAGCAGCAUCCAAACAAAUGGUGUUGGCGUUAACAUUGGCAGCGGACAAGGAUCAGCCCCCUCUGGUGGCAGAGCUGAUGAUUCAAUUAACUCACGCACCGGGCAGGGCCAAGAAGGGGAUCAAUUCCAAUACGUUACGUGUCAGGGUAACGUAAUACGCAGCGUUAUCCCACCCGGUAAGGGAGUCUCAGUCAACUAUAAGGUAAAUCAGGGCUUUGCUCGUCCAUAUGGUGCUCCAGCUCCAGCUCCGGCAGCUGCCCCCAAAUCACCAACCUCAUAUCCACCACCACAAGUAGCCAAUCAGGCUGGAUGCAACAACAACAACAACAACAACAACUGGAACCAACCUAGGCAAAUUCCAGUUCAGCAUCAACAACAUCAGCAACAGCCAGCUAGCAAUAUGUAUGCUACUUUGCCAAGGAGCAAUGCUGGUCCCCAAGAAUAUGAACAGCAUCAAUAUUACGAAUGUGAAGGUCAUCGUCGUGUAGAAGAGCAUCGUGCUGCAUCAUAUUUCGAAGAAGAUACCGAAAUCAUCGAAGCCAAUCGGGAAUCUCGAAACUCCUUCGCUUGGCCGCCACCUCGGGAUGACUCACGACCAACACCUACUGCUGCUCCAUUGUACAUAGCUCCACCGGAGACUCAACAUGUAGUCCCGAAGCCAAUUCAGCAGAAACAAGUUUGCCAACAUGAAGAAGAAACUCGUUUGCAACAAGAACACGAGGAACAGCAACAAAUGCAAUGGCAAAGUCGCUCAGCCCCACAGCUGACCGGUUUGAGAGGAGGCAUGAAUGCUCCAGAAAUUGAAUCUAGUUCGGACAGCUACACCUCGACUUGUACAACCACAACUACGACUUCUGAAGAAUAUCAGAGAAUGUACAAUGCCCAGGUACAAGCCUAUCAAAUGCAAGGCUAUGAUCAAUCUGGAUCGGAGUUAGACUACCACAUGGACAUGGAGGUAGCCGCAAUGCAACAGCAAAACGAACAAUGCUACCUUAGCUCCUCGGAGUGUCUGUCCGGACGAAGAAGUGCUCAAGAGUGUGUUGAAAGUUUGGCAGGAACUCUGAGUACAUUCCGUUUAGUUGAUAUGGUCCGAGAAGUCACACCAAGUCCAAUACCUCCCCCAAAAGCCCCAAGACAUGUUGAAUUCAACGAUGAGCCACAAAUGGAACCCGACCGAAAGGCCAAAGAACCACCGAAAAAAGAGGUUCCUCCAAAGAAAGAAGAAGAACCACAAAAACCUCCGAAGACUGUGGAACCAUUAACACAACAAAAGUCAGUAGAAGAACCCAUCUGUGUUAAAGAAACCUACAAAGUUUGCGGCGAAGAGACCAAGUCUGAAGAAGAGAAACUAGUUGUUGAAGAUCGAUCAGAGAUUCUUCAAAGUCAACGAAUAUUCCAACCGACUCCGGAAAUAAAAAUCGAAAUCCCACCGGUGAAACCAAUUCCACCAACAAAUAUUCCCAACCCAUGUCCAAAAGAGUGGAUCAGUCCGAUGGUUCGUGCAUUGACUACAGCCCCGGAUACUCCAGUGCAUAUGGUAGAAUGUCUAUGCCCCAAGCCUUGUGACUUCACCUGCCAAUGUAACCCGGAGACUAUCGAAAAAGAAAAACAAGAAGAUUGUCAGAGAAAGAAAGAGGCAGAACGUUUGGCUGCGAUUAAGCCCGAACCCAAGCCUGCUCCGGAACCAGAACCAGAGCCGGUGUUCUUGCGUGAGUCACCCCCGAAAGGAUCAAAUAUCACAAAUGCUAUGACCACAGCACCCGACUUCAAACUACAAUUCGCUCCGAAUCCCAACAACGAGAUACCUUUACCCGAAGAAUCCGAACCCUACUUGCCUCCUCCAAUCGACAUGACUCCCUAUGAACGCGAAGACAGACGGCCAAAGUCUCCAUUCUUAAAAGCCCUCACAACGGCCCCCGAUACUCCUUAUAAUCCCUUCGGCCAUGAUGUCUGCUCGCAGCUUCUCGACCUCCCCACUCCCACUGAAAAGCUUUCAAUGGUCGAUGCCUUGAUCACGGCCCCCGAUCGCCCCUACACCCCUCUCAAUCCAGAGAAGGCAACUCUAAUAAUUGAAGAGCAAAAGAAAGCCGAAGAAAAGAAACCUUAUCAGUUCCAAGUCCUUUCCAACGAUGACACCUGCGAGUUCUCAGCUACUAAAACUGAACAACGUCAAACAUCAGCUUUUGCCAAUAUGACUAAUGUCGCCUCUUCAUUCCAACCAUCACGCGAUCCCCUCCCACCUGGUGCUCAUCGUAGUUCAAUUGUCCCCCCUCAACAACAAUCCGAAUACGAAUCCCAGCGUCGUGCAUCUCAGCGCAAUGUUUCGCAAAUGUCGUCUUCCACUUGUUGUGCUACCUCUUCUUCCAAGUCCGUUCAACAACAAUACCAACAACAACAACAGACUAAAAGUACGUCUUUAUUGUCAACCUCAACCUCUUCUGCUAUUUCUAAAGCUGAUUUGAAUGUGAUUGCUCAUGAAAUCGAUGAGAUGUUUGAAGAUACUCGAGUGCCCUUCCCGCCACCUUCUCCAUUGAGUCAUUUAAAAGCUCGUGCAUCCCCAUCUGGCCUACACAAACCCGACACAAUACCACAAUAUCAGAGAAAUUGGACAGUUUUGCCAACACAGAGACCCUGUCGUACCCCGGAACCACACGAACUUAGAGAGAAUGUUCCGCUUGCUUUCGUAGAAACACCAGCAUCACCAACGCCGGCAGUUCCUCCAACUCAUGCGCGCUUAUCCCCAUCUGGCUUACAUCAUCCAGACUCAAUACCAACUUACCAGUCACAUCGUAAGGUCUUACCGGAACCAGCUGUGCUAAGAGAGAAUGUACCGCUUGCUUUCGUUCAUUCACGAUCACCAACACCAAACCCGGAAGCUGUGUCUUCAUCGACAUGUUGUAAGGGAACAUGCUUAAAUGCUCAACAACAGCAAAAGCAACAACAUCAGGUACACCAACAACAACAACAACAACAGUCCACUAUUCAGCAGAGUUCUAUCAAGUCCUCACACACUGCUGCUAGUUCAAGUUCAACUGCCUCCAGGACUAUGACGAGAGUCAGCGAACAAAAACAGCAGCAACAAUAUCUUACGCCUACUCCCACAGUUCCAAUAAUCGUUGAAGACCGUUCCGGUCCAGUAACUAUGGCCUUCCAAUCUUUAGACGAACAUCAGCCUCAUGACGAAUCGUAUCCGCCAUCAAGGCCAUACACCCCGUCGCUGAUCAACAAGCCCGCUCCAAUCAUACCGUUCUAUCAAACCCCUGAGAAACUUUGCUUUGAAGAGUGUCCGGCUACAACAGGCCACGUGUUCGAUCGCCGAUCUGUGUCACCUUGUCCAGAUCGCGCCAAGUCCCCAGCUCCAGGUCCACCACCAAAUCCCCUUAGCGCCAUUCGUGCCCCAAGGCUAAGGGACAGCGACUUGCCAACUGCAUCUCCCAGAACUCUUCAAGUUGGUUCGAUUACAACUGGACAAUCAUACUUGGGUGCUCAGCAGAUGCAACAACAACAACAGCAACAGGGACAAGUUCUCUCGCACUAUCAAACGGCUAGUCAGUCAGGCUCCCACAGCUACGUGGAAAAGCCGGAGGUCGUACAGCAACGUCAAGUUGGCGAUCUUACAAUCCAAAAGCGGGAAAAAGAAUCCCGUCUUGCAGAAGAGAAGAAAUCCCAGUUAGAGAGCAAGACAACAUCGCAAGUUGGCAAUACCCAGAUCGAACGUAGACGCAAGGUUGUCGAAGAAUACGAACACACCCAGAAGGCCAAAACCAUCGAAAUCCGUACUGGAAGCAGCUCAAGCACCACAACUUCCACUACCGGUGGUGCUAUUACCGGUGCUGAUGUUCGCAGCUCUUACGGAAAGACCGGUUUUGUUGCCAAUCAGGCCCGUCGUUUAUCCGGCCUCGAACAGGAAAUCACAAAUUUGACCAGUCAGUCUCAAGCAAUCAGUGCCCGGGCCGCUACACUCACUGAAACCACAUUUCCACAGCUAUCUUCGCCAGAGCCCGUCUCUAAGUUCCCCAUUAAGACUGUUCUUUCUCCACACUAUGAACCUGAGCCGCAGAAAUAUGUCGUUUCUUCGUCCUCUUCUAACAAACUGGUUGGUCCGCCGCCAGGCUUCAAACAGCAACAAUUAUCUUCUUCUACACAAUCAUCGGUUUCCCAAAAACAACAACAACAACAAACACAUAGCGCGCAAUCAUCAUCGUCAUUAGCAGCAGUUAGCUCAAGCUGCACCUUAACAAAUGCUUCUGCUACUAACCAACAACAACAAAGUCGGCCCAGUGCCAUCCCGGUGCCAGCCUAUAAGCCACCCCCGGCACCGACUCAUCAUGCACAUCAUCCCCAGCAGCCAUCUGCUGGUGGUGUUGGUGCUGCUGCCGGUCGGUGUCCGGUAACUGGCAAGGUUUGCUCUGGUGCUGGCAGUGGUGCUGGCAGCAAUGUAUGUCGUGCACCAUGUUCACAAUCAAUGCAAUCGCAGCCGAGUAGCAAUAAUAACACAUAUAAGCCGACCGCUUCCACAGGUCCGGCAGGUUUUAAGCCACCGCAAGCUAGUCAAGCUCCGCCGCAGCAAAUGCAAUCGCAACAACAGCCAAAGCAGCCAUUGUUUAAGCCUAAUAUUCCAGCUGUGAAUGUUAGUAAUUCACCAACUUCUUCUUUUGCUCCUCCUCCUCCAACUCCGUCUACUCAACCUGCUCCCGGUUCAGGUCCCAGCAGCAAUAUUGGCGGCAAAGGUAAAGCUUUUGGAGCAACUUCAGCCCCCAAACGUGGUCGCGGUAUUUUGAACAAGGCAGUUGAGUCCGGUGUACGUGUACCAUUGUGCAGCAGUUGCAACAUGCAGAUCAGGGGACCAUUCAUUACUGCUUUGGGCCGUAUCUGGUGUCCCGAUCACUUCAUGUGCGUCAAUGCCAAUUGCCGUCGCCCAUUGCAAGAUGUUGGCUUCGUUGAGGAAAAGGGUGACUUGUACUGCGAGUAUUGCUUCGAGAAGUACUUGGCUCCAACUUGCAGCAAAUGCAGUGGAAAAAUUAAGGGUGAUUGCUUAAAUGCUAUUGGAAGGCAUUUCCAUCCUGAGUGUUUCACUUGUGCACACUGUGGCAAGCUCUUUGGCAACACUCCAUUCUUCCUUGAAGAAGGUAUGGCUUAUUGUGAAGCUGAUUGGAAUGAGCUCUUUACAACAAAAUGCUUCGCAUGUGGAUUCCCUGUUGAAGCUGGUGACAGAUGGGUUGAAGCUUUGGGCAACAACUAUCACAGUCAAUGCUUCAAUUGCACUUAUUGCAAAAAGAAUCUUGAAGGACAAAGCUUCUAUAACAAAGGAGGACGUCCAUUCUGCAAGAAUCACGCGCGUUAAGAAAAAUUGCCCCAUCGUUAAAUAUUUUGUGUCUUAAAACCACUUCAGGGAAUGUGCAUAUUUAAACUGGAACAAAAACUAAAAAAAAAAAAAAACAACAAUUAAAGAAAAAACUAAAACAACAUAAAUAUUUUACUUUUAUUGCUUAGAGCUUAUCAUUUUAUUAAUUUUAAAUAUAAACAAAAAAUGUGUAUGUUUUUACUAUAAACUAUUAAAAAAAUAAACAAAAAAAAAAGUCAAUUUUAAUCGAUGAUGGAGAGAGAAAGGGAGGAUAUUAAAUUAUAUAUUUUUGUAAAAAAAAACUAAAGAAAUAAUUGAUUUGCUUAAAAAAAUUGUAUGAGUAGUAAUUUUGAUAGUGUAAGAUAUUUUGCCUGCUCCACUGUAUUGAAGUUAAAGAAGGUGUAAAUUAUAUUGAAUUGAGCCUGGUGCUAUGCAAUGAAAAAUA